AUGCCCAGACAAGUUCGUGGUCGAUCUCGUGGACGCGACCGAUCUCGCGGUCGAGUUACCAAUCUACACCACUUCUCACCACCAGUCCAUGCGCCGGAGUCUUCGCCCGAGCGUUCGAUCCCGACUACAGACUUCUUCCCACAGAUCGCCAUGCCGCAGUUCAGCAAGCCUGCCAAAGAAGACAUGGUCGCCCUCACGCCCCACCCUCCGUUCUUCGACAUCGGCGACGAAGUCCUCUACAAUCACGCCGGGUACCGCACCAAAGAUGAGAUCGGUCAACACUCACCCGCCGCUUGGCGUCAAUGGCGAACUUACAUCGUACGUCGCAACGAAUACCUCACCUCGACCGGCAAGUGGAUGUAUCAGAUCGCAGAGAUCAGAGGAGACUCGGUCACUAUCGCCGCAGAGGAGCACUUAGUCGAUGUCACGUUCCCGCCGAACACUAGGGUUGAAUUGGUGGAGGAUUGGCUCAAGCGCAAGGCUGUCAUGGAAGGGAAGCAGUUCAGUAUCGAUCACUACAUGGGUAAUCGACCGGAAGCAGUAUGGGUUGUCAAGUCUUGCAGGUUGGUCGGCAAUAAGAGCAAUUCGGCUAAGAUUGUCUAUGAUCUGCAGAAUGAGUGUGGCGAAUCUCUGAUAGACCACAAGUUCAGCAUGGAGCCGGAGCAGCUGAUUCCUUACGGAGGUCCGAAGCCUGAUGUUAACGGUCAAUUCAUGGUGACCUGA